AAUUGUCGUAGUGCUUGCAAUAUUUUUGACCAGUACGUUGACAUCGUUUAAGCAUUUCCACGAGAGAAGCUUUAUCUAUUUAUACUUGAACAUUUUCUUAGCAGAAAUCUCACUUCCAAAACUCUGAAAAUCUUUUGCUAAAACUAAUCUUUGGAGCGACAACAGCAGCAACAAACAGUAAGAAACCCUUCAAACUAUUUCUUUCGAUUACCUUUCCAGUUUCAUUUCAAUCUAGAUUUUAAAUAUAAGAUCAACGAAAAAACAAAAGAAUGGAAACAAGUUUUAAAAUAGGUUAUGCAUUCGAACCAAGCAAGAAGAUUUUUAUCACAGAUGCAAUAGUGGAUGGAUCAAAACAAAGAGGUGUUGAUCUUAUCAAGGUAGAUCCUGAGAAACCAUUGAUUGAACAAGGUCCGUUUGAUUGUAUUUUACAGAGACUAUCUAAUGAGAUUAGGAUUAAACAGUUGGAAGAAUAUUCAUCACUAAACCCUGAUGUUUUGAUCAUUGAUCCUCCUUCCAAAGUUGAAGUUCUUCAUGAUCGUUAUUCAAUGUUAUAUUGUGUAGAAGAUAUGAUGAAAAUGGAUGCUCAACAGCAUGAAAUCGGAAUGCCCACUUUUGGGAUACCGAAACAGGUUCUGGUAACAGAUGUUGAUUCGUUGAUGAAUGUGAAUGUGGAGGGAGGGUUGCAACUGAGAUUCCCUUUGAUUGCAAAACCAGAAAUGGUUGAUGGAAGUAUGCAGUCGCAUGAGUUGUCGUUGGUGUAUAAUCUCGAUGCUUUGAAAGAAGUUCACACCCCGGUUGUUUUGCAAGAGUUUGUUAAUCACGGCGGUGUUAUGUUCAAAGUUUAUGUUGUUGGUGAUUAUGCGACAUGUGCGAAGAGGAAUUCGUUGCCAGAUGUAUCUGAAGAACAGUUGGAUGCAGAGAAGAGUCCUGUUCCAUUUUCGCAAAUAUCGAAUAAGCCGAGUCAAGAACAUAGUGACCAUAUGUCUAAUGAGGAGAUACGGAUAGAAGAAGCUGUACUGCCGCCGGAUAGUUUUAUUUCUCGUAUCGCUAGUGGGUUAAGACAAGCUACGGGAUUGCAUCUGAUGAAUUUUGAUCUCAUUAGGGAUUCAAGAAUUAGUAACCAUUAUCUUAUUCUUGACAUUAAUUAUGCCCCUGGGUUUGAGAAGAUGCCGUCCUACGAAUCUGUUUUGACGGAUUUCUUUUGUGAUCUUAGGGACAGAAAGAACAACUCAUUGAGUGAGGAUAUGAAAAGGGAAGAAGAAGAGUAGUCUAGUGAUGGGUUUUGUUUAAGAAACAGUUGUUUGUCUAUUGCAGGUGAAGACCGCUGAUUGUUAAGUACGGUCGAUGGACGAGUAACUGGUUCGAUCUCUAAUGAUGGAUUAGUACGGUGUUGGAGCGUUCGGAAGGUAGUGUUCUUCUAAUUCUUUCGAAAUUCCAAAUGGUGUGUUGUGGUUGGUUAGUUGAAUAAUUAGUUUGUUAUACUCUGUUUCUGUACCUCUUAAAGGGCUUUGUUUUUGGCAUCUCAUCAUGUUGACUGUUAUAUGUACUGAUGGUACCAGAGGUACCCAUUUUCUCAAAUUUACUUGAAGUUUUAGGAAGUUCAAAGCUGUGAUUUCGAGGCUGUUGUUGUCCAUGCUUUCUUAUAUCCGUUGUAAUGUUCAUGGAUGGUGUAACCCUUCAUUGCUUGGAAUAUUAUUUUGGAGACAAGAUAUACACUUUUAA